AUGCAGCAAGAACUCCGUCACGACUCGGACGCGCUGGCCUGUAAUGACGACUUGGACGUCACCGCGCCGAGUCGCCAGCUGGAGACAGAUCGUUCCGGGGCGUGUCCGGGCCCAAGCUAA